AACGUUUCAUCUCACCGACCGGCCCUUGCCAUGUGGAGGUAAAUAUCGGAGCUUUAAACACGUCGGCUUUUGCCGCUUCAGCCACCGACCCAAGGAAGAUGCGGAAAAUUUGAUCAUUUCGCAGAAGUUAAUCGAUACGCUCACCGGACACAACCCACUACAAUCCAAGCAUAAUCGACUACAGUAGUCGAGCCUUGGAUACAAAAAAAAUAGACUAUACUCAUGUCAGCAGAAGAAGCGCUCCAGGAUGUUGCAGAGAAUGAGAUCGAGUCCAACUGGGACCAGGUCGUAGACAACUUUGACAACAUGGAAUUGAAAGCUGAGCUUCUCCGUGGUGUCUACGCUUACGGUUUUGAGAGGCCCUCCGCGAUUCAGCAGCGUGCUAUCGUCCCCGUUGUAAAAGGCCACGACGUCAUUGCUCAAGCACAAUCUGGUACUGGCAAGACCGCCACGUUCUCCAUCUCCAUCCUUCAGCAGUUGGAUAUGUCUAUCAAAGGGUGCCAAGCCCUUAUUUUGGCACCCACCCGUGAGCUGGCUCAACAGAUCCAGAAAGUUGUCAUCGCGCUCGGUGACUACAUGAACAUCGAAUGUCAUGCGUGUGUUGGAGGCACAAAUGUUCGCGAGGACAUGGCCAAGCUCCAGGAGGGUGUGCAAGUCGUUGUCGGCACUCCAGGACGUGUAUAUGACAUGAUCAACCGGAGAGCUCUCCGCACUGACACCAUCAAGAUUUUCUGUCUCGACGAGGCUGAUGAGAUGUUGUCCCGUGGGUUCAAGGACCAGAUCUACGAGUUGUUCCAGCUGUUACCGCAGGAGACUCAAGUAGUACUCCUUUCCGCCACCAUGCCCGCCGACGUUUUGGAAGUGACGAAGAAGUUCAUGCGUGACCCUGUUCGAAUUCUCGUCAAGAGGGACGAAUUGACGCUUGAAGGUAUCAAGCAAUUUUACAUCGCUGUGGAGAAGGAGGAAUGGAAGUUAGACACCCUUUGCGAUCUUUACGAGACUGUAACGAUCACGCAAGCCGUCAUCUUCUGCAACACAAGGCGGAAGGUCGACUGGUUGACGGAGAAGAUGCACUCUCGUGAGUUCACGGUAUCUGCUAUGCACGGAGACAUGGAGCAGAAGCAGCGUGAAGUUUUGAUGAAGGAGUUCCGGUCAGGUUCAUCUCGUGUCCUGAUCACGACAGAUCUCUUGGCCCGUGGAAUCGACGUGCAACAAGUGUCUCUAGUCAUUAACUAUGACCUGCCUACAAACAGAGAGAACUACAUUCACCGCAUUGGUCGCGGCGGACGUUUCGGCCGUAAAGGUGUUGCCAUCAACUUUGUGACAACAGAAGAUGUCAGAAUGCUGAGAGAUAUUGAACGUGAGUACAUUUUGCUACUGCAUGAUUGAUGCUGAGAUUGCGGGCAGAAUUCUACAACACUCAGAUUGACGAAAUGCCUCUUAAUGUCGCGUGAGUAUCUUACUACGAGAUUGACUAGA